AGCAACUGCAGCCUCCCUGUCCCGACCCCUCACUUCAGGCGGGUGGGGGUCGCACGUUCAGGAGGGUGACGGUUUCGACGAUCAUCGACAGCAUUAUGGUCAUCCCGAUUGGCCGGAGGACGUCAUAGACGAGUAUGAUGACGAUGAGUACGAUGAAGAGGAAGAGGAUGAUGAGGAUGUCUUUGCAUUUGGCGUACCGGAAGCUGGAUCGCGUCCUGUGUCUUCUGCAAUCAUGCCCACUUCGCCCACGAGCAAAACAUCAGCCGUUACAUCGCAGACCGGCGCUCCAACCAGCCCAACACCGGACCAAAAUGCCUUUUACUCGCGUGCCCCCGCUCCUCACCUGUCCUCCCUCCCUAUCUCCCCCUUCUCUCAGUCCGUGGAUAGACGACAACCAGUUUCAACCACGACAUACGGUGCCCUUACCCCGCUCACACCGCUGGCUUCCUCCCAACCGCUCGCGGCCCACUUUGCUGUCCAAUCCGAGGAUUCUAUUCAGGCAGCACGGUCUUCCCCCGGCCAACGCAACUCUCCGCCAAGUACUAGCACCACCUUGUCUUAUCCUCUCGGUAGCGAUGCAGGCGAAGCUUAUCGCAUGCGAUCUUUGCCCAAGACUGCACGAAUGGCUCCCAGACUAGCUACCAUGCGCGAUGAAACAACAUCAUCUACCGCCCUGGAGAGCGGCACAUUGGGUGGGGCCGAUGAGGUUCAUGUCUCGCUGUCCGGUGACGGGCGCCCUGUUGUCGGAGGAAAGAAAGCAACUGAGGCUACUGCCGACAGCCUGGACUAUGUGGUGGAGGAUAUGUUUGGAGGCGAAGGCAGUCUGAAGACGUCCACAAUAGGAGACGAUGGAGAACCGGAGGACGAAGACUCUCCUUACCUGGAAGUACGCGCAUCGGUAUCCAACAUCGACGAUCCCGAUAUGCCUGUCCUAACUUUCCGCUUGUGGACGAUGGGGCUAGGGAUGUGCAUCAUCUCGGCUGCGCUUAACACGUUUUUUAAUUUUCGCUACCCUAGCCCGUACAUCAGCCCAAGCCUGAUAUUGCUGCUAUCGUAUCCCAUUGGCAAGAUCAUGGCAUACGCGUUGCCCAUGAGGGCAUACCAGGCUCCCAAAUGGCUUGGUGGUUGGGAGUUUACCCUUAAUCCUGGUCCCUUCAACGUGAAGGAACACGCGCUUAUUCUAAUCAUGGCAAAUGUUGCGGUCGCCCCCCCCUAUUCCAUGAACGUCAUCGUCACAUCAGAAAUGUAUUAUUCUGCAAACUUUGGAGUCGGCUUCAACUUUCUUAUUGUUCUGGCUACCCAAUUGACCGGAUUUGGGUUUGCUGGCUUAUGUCGCCGUUUCCUCGUCUGGCCUGCCAGUAUGAUAUGGCCGCAGAAUCUCGUUGCAUCGACUCUCCUCAACACCUUGCAUGCCGAAGAGGAUUUGGGAGACUCGGGGCAGGGCGUCUCCCGGUAUAAACUUUUCAUGAUUGCUGGAGCAGCCGCAUUUUUCUGGUAUUUUGUGCCAGGCUACUUGUUUAAUGCCCUGUCGUAUUUCUCAUGGGUGUGUUGGAUCUGGCCCAACAACGUCGUGGUCAAUCAACUCUUCGGUACAGUCAGCGGCCUUGGCAUGGGUGUUAUUACUUUCGAUUGGACUCAGAUUGCGUACAUUGCGUCGCCGUUAAUGAUGCCAUGGUGGGCAGAAUUGCACACAGGCAUCGGCUUCUUGUUAUCCGUUUGGGUGUUGGCCCCUGCACUCUAUUAUUCGAACAUAUGGAACUUCCCCUACCUGCCUAUGUUGUCACCGUUCUCUUACGACAAAUUCGGUCAGGUCUAUAAUGUCUCCAUGGUUGUCAAUGACCAGAUGCAGUUCGAUUUGGAGAAAUACAACCUGUACUCCCCGGUGUGGCUGCCGUGCACGUUCGCGGUCCUGUACAUUUUUUCCUUCGCUCUUUCCACUGCCGCAAUCUCGCACACAAUUUUGCAUCAUGGAGCCACCGUUUGGAAUGGUAUCCGCCGCGUUAAUGUCGAGAAGGAGGACAUCCAUUACAAACUCAUGAAGCGCUACCCCGAAGUUCCGCACUGGUGGUAUGCAGUGUUUGCAGUCUUCUUUUGGUUACUUGCCAUCGUCGCCGCAUAUGUCUGGCCAACAGAACUGCCGUUCUGGGGGUUAAUGUUAUCAAUUCUUGUGCCGAUUGUGUACCUAAUUCCUGCAGGCUUUAUCUACGCGCUCACUGGUUUGGGGCUCGGCAUCAACUUAGUAUCAGAGUCCAUCGCCGGCGUGCUCUUGAGUGGCAAGCCUGUGGCAAACAUGAUUUUCAAGGCGUACUCGCUGGAAACACUGGAGAACACACUGGCUUUCGUCCAAGAUCUCAAACUUGGGCAUUACAUUAAAAUCCCGCCUCGUGCGACCUUUGUAGCUCAAGUAGUGGCAACAUUCCUUGCUGCUCUUAUCCAAGUCGGAGUCAAAACAUGGCUCUUCAGCGCCGUUCCAGAUAUCUGUCAACCUACUCAAGCCCACAAUCUCACCUGCCCUAGGAAUUCUGUAUUCUUCACUGCCUCCGUGCUCUGGGGCCUGAUUGGACCUAUUCGCCAAUUCGGGCCUUCAUCGCCGUAUUAUCCAAUGGUGUGGUCGGCUCUUGUCUUCGGCACUCUAGCGCCGUUACCCUUUUGGCUUCUGGCUCGGAAGUAUCCGGAUUCCUUCUGGAAGAGCGUCAAUAUACCUGUUUUACUAAUCGCGCCUACCCUCCUUCCACCUGCCACUGGUAUAAACUAUUCCUCGUGGUUCGUUGUUGGAUUCAUUUUUCAAUAUGUGAUCCGACGAAGAUUCUUCCAAUGGUGGACCAAGUACAAUUAUAUCCUGAGCUCCGCUCUUGACUCAGGGACAAUCAUAUCGACAAUUCUUAUAUUCUUUAUUCUCCAGUUCCCAAAAAACGGUACCCUUGUACUGGAAUGGUGGGGGAACACUGUGUCGUUUGAAACUCUGGACGCUUCAGAGACGCUUCCACGGCUGUAUCAGAUCCCUCCGGAAGGGUUGUCAUGACAUGUACACAAUACUUCGGUGGAGGACGAGAUAUUUCUUCCUCCUUAGCUCGGAACAUCUUACAGGGUCUCUGCACUUUACACGCACUCUCUUUCAUUUCAGGAAUAGCCUGUUUUUCCUCAUCCACAUACAGUAAU